AGUGAGAAUGGAAACGUCCCAGGCCGAGGAAGACCGGCGGCGCCAGAGCCGACCGCUCGCGCUUCUCGCGGAUAUCGCGCGGCUCAAGUUCGCGGGGUUGAAGAAAGAGGCGGUCGCGGAAGCGUCGGCCACAAUGGCGUCCGUGGGCAGCGUCAAGAAGAACGUGCAGGUCGCCGCAGCCGCCAAAGCGCGGGCCGCCAAGCGUGCGCAAAAGCAAAAGCGUCCCGAAGACCCCAACUGGAACGUCAUUCGUGCCAAAGCCUCCAACGAGCUCCUCCACGACGAGCUCACAAAGCUCAUGAAGGACAUCAACGUGCUCCUGCGCAAGGAGCGCAAGAACGUGCCAGCAUGGAUCCGGAAGUACAAGGACGAUGACCCGCGCUGCGUCUUUUAUCACUCGAUGCUCCGGCGCGUCGGGCUCCCCGAACGGCACGCUCGGUUUGCGCCCUGGUUUCUCAAGUCGGAGAAGCUCCAGCUCAACAAGUACGGGCAGCGGCUCUUUGAGCAGUUUGAGGCCGCGUACCUCACGCGCGAAACUGCGCUAAGCGAGACCGAGGCCGCGGUGCGCAAGCACUUGGAGUUUCUCGGGCGCAUGAUGGCCCUCAAGGCGCCGCCGCGCGACAAGAACCAAGCGCUGGUGCAGCGGGCUUUUCGCGACUGCUCGUUUCCCGCGCCCCGCACGGCGCUGCUUACAAGCAGCCACGAACCCGAGUCGGCGGCGCUGCACCCGCUCGAGGCCAGUAGCCCGGGCACGGCCGAGGACGACCCGGAGGCCGUCGCGCACCCGGACCGGCUCGACAGCGAGGACCCGCGCGUGGUGCAGCUGCAGAUUGCGCCCGUGCCCAAAGCCCCCGCGCCACCCGGGCUCGCGCCACAAGUGCCCGGGAAGCUCGAGAGCCACGGAAAGCAUACCUACUACCACUACAACGGCCGCUGGAAGGAUGGACACAUGCGUGGCGCCGUCGGCGUCUACACGUUUGCGGACGGCGGCAAGUACGUCGGCGCUUGGAAGGACAGUCGGCCGUGCGGCCCGGGCACAGCCGAGUACCCGAACGGCUGCAAGUACCAAGGCACUUGGCGAGACGGCAAGUACCACGGUCUUGGAACGUGGGAAGCCAGCGAUGGCACCAAAUACGAAGGCAGUUGGAAAGACGGCCUCCGCGACGGCAAGGGCAAACUCACCUUGCCGUCCGGCGCGGUGUACGAUGGCCACUUUUUCCAAAAUUUUCGGCACGGCGCCGGCGUCGAAGUGAGCCCACUCGGCCACAAGUACAAGGGCAACUUUCGUCGCAACCGUAUUUACGGCGAGGGCCGCAUUGAGAUCGACCUCGGGAACGGCCAAGUGCACGUGUACGCCAAAGACAACUGGGCGCCGUGUGUUCUCGGUGAGGCGGCGGCCGAAGCACGACUGCACUGGUCGGGCGUGGACAUGGACACGGAGAUGUCGAUGCGGUCGCUCCUACGCGUGCGCGACGACCUCCGCGCGCUCGACUUGCAGCUCGAAUACCGCGAGAAGGAGGCGGCCCGCAUCAUCGCCGAGAAGAAGGCGGCAAAGGAAGCGCGUCGAGACAUUAACCGUGCGCGUCGCGAGGCCGAGAAACUGGCCAAGGAAGCGCUGGUGAACGAGCUCAUCAAGGAAAUGUCGGACGACGACGAAGACGACGGCUACGGCUACAAGAAAAUCAAGCCGAAAGCUGCAGCCGACGGCGACGAGGCCAACGGCGAGAGUGACGAGAGCGACGAGGACAAAGAAGAUGACAAUGAAGGAGGCGACAACGAUGCUUCAAACGAGACCAAUCAAAACGACGAUGCCGAUGCCGACAAAGCGCCGUCCCCCGCGUGAGCAACAAUCAAUCAAUCAAUCAACC